AUUAAAUUGAAUUGAAAACUGUUUCUCUCAGAGUAGCGGUCAAGACACCCCAUCUAGUAUUCGAUAAUAAUAAAGCAAGACGCCGGUCGUCAAUUAAUCGAACUAAAACAAAGAAAUACAAUAGCUCUGGUUAGCGAGAAACUCUGGUAGUUACAAAGACAAAAAAAGAAAAGUACAUUCCUUUUAUAAGCGAAGAAAUCGAAUACAAGAAAUACUAAGCAAUGCCUGCAUUAAGAACUGCUACUUCAACGCCUUCAUUCGGUGUAACGAGGAGACACCCAGCAUCAUUGAUGCCUGUAACAAGUCACGCUCCUGCACUUGUUGAUCUCAUGCGCUCACCAAUCUCGGAGAGAAUGGUUGACGCAUUGGCUCAAAAAGUUUCAGAAAUCAUUCCAGUCAGACCAGACAGCAACGCGACUAAUAGCCCAGACUACACUCACAACAAUGGCUACCCAAGUCCACCUCCAAGUCCAGUCAAACCACGUUUGGCACGCGUUGGUCAUGUUGCUGCAGAAAUGUCACGUGGUCCACCACCACUUAAACAAUUUAUCAAGACUGUAUUGAUAGAAUCUGGAUGUCAAGUUGCAACAGUACUUUGCACACUCGUUCUCCUUGACAGGCUGGGAAAGAAGCUCCCUCCAGCUGCUAAAGGAAUGCCAUGCACCCGUCACAGAGUAUUCUUUGCCGCUAUGAUAAUUACUGCAAAGUCACUCAAUGAUUGUUGUCCAAAGAAUCGCCACUGGAGAAAAUACGCAUGGUCAUCAAUUCGUUUUGCACUUGAAGAGAUUCACUUAAUGGAAAUUCAAUUACUCGAUCUCUUAGAGUUUAACAUCGGAUUUAAUGAAGCUGAGCUCAUUAGACAUUCAAAGCAAUUCAUGAGAAUGCCAUUGUCGAAUCAAAAUACUUCACCACCACAGUUCAAGCCAACACCAUCUGCUAAAGCACCUACACCACUUAAACCAGCACUUAAAACUGCCAAGAGUAUGCCAGCAGUUCGUCAAGUUCAACAGCCAUUGAUGUCUAGGAAUACCGGAAUGCCUGGUGCAUUCUCACCUAGUGCACUCGAUCAAGCGCUGAGAGCACAACUUCCUAGUGAUAUGACAAGUAAAAGAGUUAGUAAAGAUAUGUCGGUAUCUUCAAGCUCAGAUGGUGGAGGUAGUUUACCUGCAACGCCAUCAGAUGUCACUGGUUUAAACAAACCUACAUUGGCUUUAGCUAUGGCUUUGGAGAAUAGAAAAGGUGCCGUCGACGACGAUGAAGAAUUGCCUGAAAGUCUAACAAUGUUACCCGCUCACCUCACAGCACCAGCGAAAUCAAUGCAUGCUCCUGGUAUUGCUGGUUUGAUCUCACGUAUAAUGAAACAUCCAGCUGGUAACUCACACUCUCACAAUAAUCACAGGCGGAAUCAAGAUUCUGUUCCACUUAUCUAAAUUAUUUAAUUCUUAUUGUAACAUCAC